AUGAGCGAAGACGCGAGCAAGCGCGCCAAGCCCGACUUCGGGGAUGACGGCAACUCCCCCCUGCAAAAGAAGAUCAAGAAGGAGCAUUACAAUUAUGAGAACCAUUCCAAGGGGUUCGUCAUUAGCAAGGCAACCUACACGCAGCAGUACUGCGAAAUUUAUAGCGCGCGAACCAAGGCGAUGAAGGGGCUUCUGGUGAAGACGGUGGAGCGGUUAGCCCAAGGUAGCGGUUGGGCUAGCCAUCAGAUAAAGAGUCAGGUAAAUGGUAAGGUCGAGGUAGAGCUGGACUCCAAAGUUAAGCGCGAAGGUGGGGAAAUCGUUAAGGGCUUCGCUGGAGGAGGUGGCAAAGAGUACUCGCUACUCCACUACUUAAAAGAAAUUAAGGCAAAUGAAAAUUGCUACUGCAUAGGUACCCUGUUCAAAAAAAUGGAACUGCGACCCUCUAUCCUAAAUGAGUACAUCAGCGAAAUCAACGAAACGGAAGAUAUCGUAGUGAACUACUCGCACGAUGAAGAUGUCCUAUUUCUGGAAGAUGAAACGGCAAGGUUAAAACUAGAAGGAAAUAUUAACAGCGACCAUUAUGUAACGGGAUUGACAGUUAUUAUAAAAGGAAGUGGCAUGAGCAAUGGCUCCCUAUAUGUGGAUGAACUCAUUUAUGCAUAUGUACCAAAAUUAGAAGUUCCGAGGUGCAUUAGCGAUGACGAUAAAUAUAUCAUGUUCGUCUCGGGGGUGCACAUAAGUGAACGAAACGGAAAUGUAAAUAACACAUCUUUAUUGAAGGAUUUUAUAUUAGGAUUAUAUGGAGAUAAGGACUUAUCUGAGAAACUUAUCAGGGUAGUUAUGGUUGGUAACUGUCUUCGCAAUGUUGGUAGCGAUGAAAAAGACAUGAAAACAUUUGAUAUGUUCCUUGCUUCUCUCUGUCCAGGUGUAUUUGUGGAUUUAAUGCCUGGUGAGAAUGACCCCACUGAUGCCAUACUGCCACAACAACCCUUUCCAAACUUAUUUUUUAAAACUUCUAGAAAUUACAGCUCCUUUCAGUGCGUCACUAACCCCUACCUUUUCUCCAUCGACAAUGUAAACGUAUGUUGCAUGUCUGGUGAACCUGUUAACAAUAUCGUUUCUUACUCAAAAAAUUCUCCACUGGAUGCAUUAAGGAUGAUUGCCAAGAGUCGUAUUUUAUCUCCCACCUGUCCAGACACUCUGGGGUGCUAUCCGUUCGUAGACCAGGACCCCUUCUGUUUACAGGACGAUGAUAAGUAUCCCCACAUUUUUGUUAAUGGGAAUUGUACGGAGCUCGAGGUGCAGUACAUGCACGAAGAGAAGAAGCUUCCACUUCUGGUUUGCCUGCCGAGCUUCGACGUCACCCCCAAGGCGCUGCUUGUUAACAUCAGGAAUAUGCAACACGUAACCUUGACCUUCGACGUGGGGAAGUAG